CUUCUCGCAACUCUUCAGCCGGUGGGUUCUUCCCGCACCAUGACGGCGCUAUGAGCGGACUGGACUGGCUCUGGACGGUCGUGUGCUGCGCGCGGAAAGCCCGAGAUGGCCCUUCCCUUCCAGGCUUCCAUGACUCGGCGCGAUCGCCGGCGACGUCCUCCUUUGCGGCUGACGAGGAGAAAGACGCAGCGACCAUCUCGACCACUUGCAGCGAUCGAGAACGCUUCAGUGGUGCCAGCGAGGAGAGCCCGGAGAUCUGGCAGCCGCAGUCUCCGCUGAUGGAGGAGCCCUCUGAGUCCUCGUCCGCCGAACCAAUCGACUUGGAGGUAUUCCUGGAAGCGGAAACCGUGCAGGUGCGAUCCCGCAGGAUCGAAUCGCUGGACGACUUCCUGGCCUGAUGCACGCCCUAGCGCCAUCUUCCGAAAGCGCACAGGAAGUUGCACAUGUCAAAAACCUGGCUCAAGUGAACCGCAUUGAACGUUACAUGUGUGCGGGCAUGCGGUAUGUUAUGGCCGGGGCUCACAAAGUGAGCGCCCUGCCUCCUACUUUUGACAAGCUUAGUUGGCUGUGUCAAAUAGGUGCCAGGGUCGACAUGUACA